AUGCGCUGCGAUGUGUGUCUGACGGAACAACAAUGUGCGCAAUCUUGUAUGUAUUGUUGCACGAAUGUUGCCGCAUAUGUUUGUUUUGUGUGCAAGUUAUUUGAUGACAAAGGGAUUGAGAAGCAAGUUUUUCAUUGUGAUCAAUGCGGUAUUUGUCGUGUGGGAGGUCGUGAGAAUUAUUACCAUUGUGUCAAGUGCUGCGGGUGUUAUCCACACUCGAUCAGGACAAAGCACAAGUGUCUGGAUGGAUCCAUGCAUCACAAUUGUCCAGUUUGUCUUAAUGUGACUUUUGACUCGUUGGAGACGGUGAAUGUGCUGCCAUGUGGUCACGUUAUGCACUCGAGCUGCUUUGAAGCAUACGCUAGGCAUCACAAUCGAGUAUGUCCAACGUGCCGGACGCCAUAUAAACCGUGA